AAUUACGUAGUUAAACGUCAGGGAAGAAGUCGAACAUUCUCUUUAUACGUUUCUCUCGUUUUGGACGGAAGCUCGUGGGUGUGAAAGCUUAACUUACAAUUUUUACGCAACAGACGUCCUCUCCAUAUCAACGACGAAAAUCUCCUCCUUGUCAUUUCGUGUUACGUCUGCAAGCACGUCAGGCGCGUACAGCGAGAGAAACAUGAAGACUACAGUCAUCUUCAUUGCCUUGGUUAUAUCUCACACCUCGAGUCUUGUUGAAAGCGGCUACCUUGUAACAUCUCCAAGACUUUUCCGUGCCGGCAGCACUCAGGAGCUCUCUGUCAGUCUCGUUAACAUCACUGAACCGUGGGUUAUCAAUUCCACACUUACAUAUAAAACAAGUGGAGAUGUUAUUGCUAGUAAUGGAGCACAAUUUAAUAGUGAUGCUGAUGGCAUCCUUAAACUUAAGAUACCAAGGGACUUGGAGACAAGUGGUAAACAGAGCAUUGAAGCAAAGUUGUCUGUUUCUGGAGGACCAGUAGAUGGAAAGCAUGUCUUUCAAAAGAGUGAAACAAUCAGCGUUCUCAUUCCAAAGAAUUCUGUGUUCAUUCAGACAGAUAAACCCAUUUACAAACCAGGCCAGACAGUCAAUAUGCGCAUUGUUGGAGUGGAUGAAAACCUAAGGCCUUUAAAAGGACAGGUCAAAAGAGUUACCAUCACUAGCCCUGGUGGUGUGCGAACAAAGCAAUGGAAUGACCAGACUUUUGUCGGUGGAAUUGUGAGUCUAAAUUUUGCUUUGUCAAGCCAGCCUGUUCUAGGAGACUGGAAGGUUGAAGUUGUGUAUCAGGGUGAAAAAGAGACACGUGUGUUUAAAGUGGAUAAAUAUGUGCUGCCAAAGUUUGAAGUGACCGUUGAACCUCCAGCUUUUGUGUCAUUGCAUAGCAAAGAGAUAACAGCAACCAUUUGUGCCCGAUAUACCUAUGGACAGCCAGUUAAAGGAACCUUGUCAGUACUCUUUCACUUAAAAAUGCCCAAGUAUUGGAAACAGUAUGAAUCUCAAACAACCAGGACAGGGGAGAUUAAUGGUUGUAGAGAUGUCACAGCUACUAUAAAUUUACAGCGACACUACUUUUAUAGUUAUGCAAAAAUUGCUAUUAAUGCCACUGUGAAGGAAUCAGCCACUGGGGUUUCCCAAAAUGCUUCAGGGACUGAGGUAGAGGUCGACAGUUCAAGCACAAAACUGGAGUUUCUUCACACUACACCCAGAACCUUUAAACCAGGCAUGGCAUAUGUUGGACAGUUGAAAGCUACUCUGCCUGAUGGAAGCCCAAUGAAAGGAGAGUCAGUGCAUGUUAUUAUAAAGGCACGGAAGUCCGACUGGUCAUGGUAUCAUAACAAUGCAGUGACAGUCUUUCAAGAGAGGAUCACAGUCCCAGCAAAUGGACUUGUGGAUUUUGUAGUCCCUGGUUCAAACAUUAUACAGACAGCCAAAUCGCUCUCACUUGAAGCUAAAUACAAGGGUAAAUCUUUGGCAUACCAUACCGCUAAACGCUGGAACUCUCCAAGCAGCAGUUACAUUUCCAUGGAAAGAAUCAUCACUCCACUGGAGGUUGGAUCAAGUGCUAAAGUAAAGUUUGAUUUCACAACCAGCACAGCAACAAAGAACAUCAAUUUUCACUACCAAGUAUUUAGCCGUGGAAUGCUUGUGGCUCAGGGAAGGAAACUUCUUGCAGUUGAUUUUCAGCCAUCCAUGAAAACAUUCAAGAAUUCCAAGAAUGAAGAAAUGUUCACAGCCCAGGGAUUCAUUCAGUUUGCUGUCACUCAGAAGAUGGUACCUUCAUGCCGUCUCCUGCUGUUCCAUGUGCGGGAUGACCAGGAGACUGUUGCUGAUAAUAUGGUGAUAGAUGUGGAGGAUAUAUUGGAAAAUAAGGUUGAUGUACGUUUUGCUGAGAGCAUCAGAAAGCCUGGUGAACCAACAAAACUUAUCAUAACAGCAGCACCAGGGUCUCGAGUGGCUGUUACUGCUGUUGACAAAAGUGUCCAUCUCUUGAAAGAAGGAAAUGAACUGACUCAAGAUGAUGUAAGUUUUUACUGUUGACAAAAGGUACCAUAAAUUC